AUGAGAAAGAUACCGAAAGGUCAUCUCUGCUUCCAAGAAGAAUAAGCGGACUUUACUCUUUCACUGCCUUUUUUUUUUUACAUUCCUGUUUCUAAGUUGUAACGUUUUGUCUUUUCUUUUUCCCAUUCUUCUCACCACUUCAAUCAUCUUUUGCUUCGAGUUGCUGGAGACUCAAGAGAAAGACCACACCAGAGUGUUGUGUUUAGAGAUGGGUUUCGUGGGCUAUCUCUUCUUUGCAUUGAAAUGCUUUGAUCACCUAUUUGCAUGGCCUCUCUUCUCUUUGGGGUAUCCUUUAUGUGCUUCGAUUUGUGCUAUUGAGAGUAACUCGAAUUCGGACACUCGGAAGUUGAUCGCUUAUUGGGUUUUCUAUUCGUUGAUUUCACUCUUCGAGCAUGCUUUCAUGAAGCUUCUUGAGUGGCUACCAUUCUGGCCUCACAUGAAGCUAAUGAUCAUGUACUGGUUGAUGAUUCCUCACUUCGGCAAUGCUCUCUAUUUCUAUGAACUCCUUGUCCAACCCUGUCUCUCCUUGGUACCACAAAUUGUCAUCAACUUGUUCAAUGAGUGGAAGGAGCCUUGUCUAAAGAGAGAUGGCUUUCCUACUGAGGCAGCUGAGAGAUACCAGAAACAGAAUGAAUCUGAAGCUUCAGAGGAACUUAUUUCUAGUGAUGAGUCAAAGUCCAUAGAGAACAAUGUCGGGCAGAAAGAAGACAAAGAUGUUGAAGUAACAGAAGAAAAUGAAGAUGUUGAAUUAACAGAAAAAAAUGAAGUUGCUGCAAUUGAGAGGGUUACUCCCAUAGAGUCCACCCUUGUUCAGACUGGGAAAACCACAGAGACACUUACAGAUAUGAAUGUAACCUCAAAGAGUACACCUGAUUUCACUGAAGUCCAAAGAAAAAUUUCCCUACUUCAACACCAAAGAAACAUGAACAUACAAAGACAAAAGAAAUGUGCAUCCAGUAAUGGAUUGAAAGAGGAAGUUAAUAUAAAACAAUGGGAUGUGCAUGGCCUGCAAAUUAAUUCUACGAAAAUUGUUCAGGGCACUCGAUCUCCGCUAUUAUGUUACAUAUGUAACGUAUGGUGCCCCAGUAAAGAUAACUUGGAUGCUCACCUUAACGAAAAGAAGCACUUGGCCCGGAUUCAGGAAUUAGCAGAUUUUGUAGAAGUAACAGAAGAAAACAAAGAUGUUGAAGUAACAGAAGAAAAUGAAGAUGUUGAAGUAACAGAAAAAAAUGAAGUUGCUACAAUUGAGAGGUCAAAGUCCAUAGAGAACAAUGUCGGUCAGAAAGAAGACAAAGAUGUUGAAGUAACAGAAGAAAAUGAAGAUGUUGAAGUAACAGAAGAAAACGAAGAUGUUGAAGUAACAGAAAAAAAUGAAGUUGCUGCAAUUGAGAGGUCAAAGUCCAUAGAGAACAAUGUUGGUCAGAAAGAAGACAAAGAUGUUGAAGUAACAAAAGAAAACGAAGAUGUUGAAGUAACAGAAGAAAAUGAAGAUGUUGAAGUAACAGAAAAAAAUAAUGAAGUUGCUGCAAUUAAGGGGUCAAAGUCCAUAGAGGACAAUGUUGAGCAGAAGGAAGACAAAGAUGUUGAAGUAACAGAAGAAAACGAAGAUGUUGAAGUAACAGAAGAAAAUGAAGAUGUUGGAGUAACAGAAAAAAAUGAAGUUGUUGCAAUUGAGAGGGUUACUCCCAUAGAGUCCACCCUUGUUCAGACUGGGAAAAGCAUAGAGACACUUACAGAUAUGAAUGUAACCUCAAAGAGUACACCUGAUUUCACUAAAGUUCAGAAAGAGUGGGCUUGUGCUAUAUGUAAGGUCACAAUCCAAAGUGAGACAACUUUGAAUUCCCACCUUCAAGGAAAGAGACACAAGGCAAAUUGUGAGGUGCUGAAAGCAAUUACCAGAGCCAAAAAGAAAAAUUUCCCUACUUCAACAACAAAGAAACAUGAACAGACACAGACACAAAAGAAAUGUCCAUCCAGCAAUGGGUUGAAAGAGGAAGUUAAUAUAAAACAAUGGGAUGUGCAUGGCCUGCAAAUAAAUUCUAAGAAAAUUGUUCAGGACACUCGAUCUCCUCUAUCGUGUUACAUAUGUAACCUAAGGUGCCCCAAUAAAGAUCACUUGGAUGGUCACCUUAAGGGAAAGAAGCACUUGGCCCGGAUUCGGGAAUUGGCAAAUUUUGUAGAAGGCCUUUCUUCUCUUUGGGGUAUCCUCUAUGCGCUUCCAUUUGUGCUAUGGAGAGUAAUUCGAAUUCUGACACUCGGAAGUUGGUGGCUUAUUGGGUUCUCUAUUCGUUGAUUUCACUCUUUGAGCAUGCUUUCAUGAAGCUUCUUGAAUGGCUACCAUUCUGGCCUACCAUGAAGCUAAUAAUCAUGUACCGGUUGAUGAUUCCUCACUUCAGCGGUGCUCUCUAUUUCUAUGAACUCCUUGUCCAACCCUGUCUCUCCUUGGAACCACAAUUUGUCAUCAACUUGUUCAAUGAGUG